AUUACCAUGCGUCAUGACGUCACGCGGAAGUAAUUCAACCAAGAUGGCAGCGUCCUUGACACAGGCAUGUUUUGAUUACACUCGAGUCUCAAACAUCCUCAACAGUUGCAAAUGUCCGGGCUGCACAACUGACGAGAGGAGAUUUUGAGAGCAGAGCAUGGAGAGACGAGAGUUUGUCGCGUCUUUGGUGGCAGGAGGCGGUGCAGGGAUGUGUGUGGAUCUGACCCUUUUUCCCCUGGACACCAUUAAGACAAGACUGCAGAGUCAGCAGGGCUUCUACAAAGCAGGGGGCUUCAGGGGCAUCUACGCUGGAGUCCCAUCUGCAGCUGUGGGCUCCUUCCCAAAUGCCGCUGCUUUCUUUGUCACCUAUGAAUGCACAAAGUCCCUGCUCGGUGCUGGUGAAGGGCUAGCAGCACCACAGGUGGCACCUGUCACUCACAUGCUGGCCGCCUCCCUGGGAGAAAUAGUGGCAUGUCUAAUCCGGGUGCCCACAGAGGUGGUCAAACAGAGGACCCAGGCUUCACCCUCAUCCACCACCUACCAAAUGCUGCUGGCUACACUCAGAGAAGAGGGUGUCCAGGGUUUGUACAGAGGAUACAGGAGUACGGUUCUCAGAGAGAUCCCGUUCUCGCUGGUGCAGUUUCCACUUUGGGAAUAUUUAAAGACUCUGUGGUCAUGGAGGCAAGGUCACACGCUCUACUCUUGGCAGGCUGCAGUGUGCGGAGCUUUUGCAGGUGCUGUAGCUGCAUUUGUUACCACUCCUCUGGAUGUGGCGAAGACCAGAAUCAUGCUUGCAAAGGCCGGGUCGACCACAGCAAACGGCAACAUCCCGCUGGUACUCUAUGAUGUGUGGAAGAGCCGAGGCCUUUCAGGUCUGUUUGCGGGCAGCAUACCGAGGAUAACCUUCAUCAGUGUGGGUGGUUUCAUCUUCCUGGGAGCCUACGAGAAGGUCCGCCGCUCUUUGCUGUAGCGGCUCGUCCUCUGUGACUGCCCUGAGCCCUGAGCCCUGGUGGAUUAGCAGCAGGGGGAGCAUCUCUGGAAGUAGCUCCCUCGUCCCUUGGAGGCCCCCUGCGCCUCCAUGCUGCUGGGCCCCGAGAAGCAAGGAACACCUCUUGCCCGUCCACUGGCCUGAUUGCGUUACCUGGGGUGCUGCAUUCCUGCUCAUCAGUCCCCAGAGCUUCUGGAACAGCACCGGCGGUUUGGUGAAAUGGAGCCACACCCUAUCACACAAGGCUAGCAAUGAAGCAUCUUUACUCUUCUAUGUGUGUGUGUGUGUGUGUGUGUGUGUGUGUGUGAGAGAGAAUCAAUGAGUUACGGAUUAAAGAUUGACGUCUUGGAGUUAAGGUUUGGUCAUUUGUUCCCCUGUAGGCUGUCCGGUAAAGCUUCCACUACGUGGUUUCAUGAUCAUUUUACUAUUUGAGCCAUAUUUUUCUCUCUGCUGAGCCAGGCCACCUGCAUUAAAGACCCACCGGGGGAGAGACUCGGUAAUAUCUCACCAUUGUUACAUUCCCGCUGGAGCGCAACUGAACUCAUCCACCUGCAAGAGCUUUCAUUUUAUACUUAAGAUGCCUACAACAGUAGGCUUUAGUUUUAUUAGGAGCAUCAAGUGUCCUGCACUAGCUUUUGUAUUUCAGUUAGGGCUAUACUGUAUGUUCCAUGUUUUUAUUGUGAAAUAUAUUUUAAGUAGUUAUUUAGCUUGAUUGGAUGGCUUCACAGUGGCGAUAUUGUCGAAGAGUCUGUAAGAAGUGACUUCUUAAUCUCAAGCCUGUGAAAGUGCAGCUUUAUCAAAGUUACAGGGCAAUGGUGUUACGAAGAGCUUUAUUACACAACGUUGUUGAAUACUCAAACCUGAUUGGUCAAUUAGGGCAUUCUAGGAUCUGUUAUCUGUUAUAACAGCGACAUACUAUGGAUCAAAGUCUGGAGGACCGUUUUUAAAUCAAUAAAACCAUAUUUAGUCAAGAUUUUGUGUCAAAUUAUUAAUUCCUUUAGGAAGUAGCCAUGUAAUUACGAAGAUACUUAUAGUAGAUGUUCACUGCAAAGACUUAUUUAAUUAUUUUCUUUAGUAGUAGUUAGAUAAGAAGAUUGAUACCACUACUCUCACAUCUCUAUGGUAAAUAUGGAGCUACAGACAAAAUCAUCUUAGCUCAGCAUAAAGAGUGUAAACGGGGAAACAGCUAGUCUGGCGCUGUCCAACUGUAACAAAAUCCAUCUACCAGCACCUCUAAAGCUCGUUAUUUAACAGGCUGUGACUUUCUUGAGUCUUGUCAUCAAUGUAGAGACUUCAGGGUAUAUCUUAUCCCGUCCAAAAAAUAGACCAAUACACAACCACCCAUAAAUAACUUUGAUUUUAAAAUAGUGUAUGGAUUAAACAAACAAGCUUUAACGUGUUCCUUAGUGAGUUGAUUCAGAGGAGCCAGGGUAGCUGUUUCCCCUGCUUCAGUUUUUAUGCUCAGCUUCCUUUGAGUGAAGGGUAGGCACUAAAAAGCACUGCUAAUAUGAGCUAGCAUAAAAGAGGGGUCCGUUCACUCAAUGGGCUUAUUUUGCCACUUAGUCUCUUUGGUCUCUAGCCGUGCAGGUGGUUUGGAUUUGCCAAGUUUCUGAGAUAUCUGCUGCUGAGGCCUGAAACCAAAAUCAUCUGCAUGACUAGAUCAAAUGUAGAUAAGUGUGAUUUUUUUUUGUGAUUUGUCUAAACAGACCAUUUACAUAUCAGUAGUUAUGAUGAUACAACAUGAACUACAUUUGUAAUUUCAACUGGCCUUACACAGGAAAUGAUAUGCUUCUGUGGGAUUCAUUUGAUGGUUGAUGUGUUAAAAGUACGCAUUCUCCUGUAUAGGCGCAGUAAAAAGAUGCCUUAUUCUGCACCAGCCAAUUGUACAAGAUGUUUUCCACUCUCCACUCAUGUUCUGUUUUUUUUUUGGCAAAAUAAGAGCGCCCAUAUAUCCAUGAUAACUUAUUACAAUAUCACCAACUCACUGCUUUAUGCGUAAUUGAAGGAUUAUUUAACAACAUAUGCAGGAGCAGUUAGCCAUAGGAGCAGUGCUUUCCCAUCUCCUAUGUGGUGAAUAAGCUCAGUGUCAUUACAGUCAGUACGGAGGUAAACCUGAGGACUUGGUAAAUCAGUAAGUCAGAAGAUGGAUAGCCUCACAGGUGCAAGUGUUUGUCAUGCUGCUUGUCACUAGGCUGGAGGACAACAAUGGUUGGCGUGUGAUUGGUGGAGGCCACGGCCAGUAGCAUGUCAAUCAGCCGGUGACAAACGUCCAUCUGGAAUGCACAUUCUGGCCAGCCACUGACCCUCAGUCAACCCAGACUCAAUAGCAAAUAUUUUAAACAGCCCGCAGAAGGAAAAAAUAUGCCUGCUGUCUUUGGAGCUUCAGGGAGACCGCACACAUUCCGUGUGGUGUGUGUGUGUGUGUGUGUGUGUGUGUGGUGUGUGUGUUUUUUGUGGUCCAGGCACAUGUUACUUCACUGCUUUGAAGAUCGAGGUCUCUGGAUUUCAUGUCUCGGGGAAUGCUCUCUGAAUUGAUGGCUUCUCCAUAACCGCUGUGACACGUGAGCAGAGACUACAUGCUAACUCAGCUGUUUGUGAUUCCAUUGUCACUCCAUUUGUUCUGUUUAUACCGGAAAGAAAACACCUGCAAUAAUAGCAAAAUGUGAUUUUUUUAUUAGACACUUCAAUGCCAUGUUAGACACUUUGCGGUUUUAGCUUUGACAUUGGUACAACGUUGUCGAACGGUUUGUUUCAAUAAAUUACCCCAUACAUGAA